UAUUAGCACAGCUACCAUGACAAAUAAUUAACCGCACUUGAAGCGUUCGUAAUUUUAUUUUAUUUAUUUUAAUAAAAACACGCAAAACUGUAUACAGUACCAUAACGAAGACGAACUGUAUGAUGAUAGGUGAAAUUCUGGAGGGAACGUCGGACGGUGGUGACGUAAUGACGUGCUGUUAAUCGAACUAUGUUCUAGUAUUAUAAAAGCGACUCAUGUAACCACCUUAAUCACAAUAUUGUCUUACUCAGAGUAAGGACAAUAAUUAGAUUACUGUUUGUUCUUACUGAAUCACUUCUCCCCUGACAAAAUUCUUGUUCUUCCUGGGAUAAGGUGAGUUAUGGGUCGGUGCAGUUAGCUCUCCGCUCCAGCAGGUGGUAGUAGAGAGAGAGUGUGUGUGUGUGUGUGUGUGUGUGUGUGUGUGCGCGCGCGCGCGCGCGUGUGUGUAUAAGAAACUAAGUGGAGCAGGAGUUUGAGUAAGAGCCAUGAGGCGCCUCGGCUCCGUGCAGCAGAAAAUCCCCUGUGUUUUUCUCACUGAGGUGAAAGAGGAAGCGUCCAGAAAGCGGGACCGACAGAACUUUCAGGUGGUCGCCACGGAUACGGUGAAUCCACUGGCUGUCGAGUCGGACAUCCACCGUGCACUCGCCACAGAAAAGCUGGAUGGCACGUGCUGCUACGUCACUCUGUACAGAGGAGAACCGUACCUCUGGGCUCGCCUGGAUCGGAAACCCACCAAGCAGGCGAACAAGAAGUUCAAGAAAUAUCAAUACUUUCAAAAGACCUGUAUAGGUUUCACGUGGAAUGUGGAAGAAGAUUUCCGAACCGUACCUGAAUCCUGGAUUCCUGCACGUCGAGUUCAGUAUGAGAGCGGUCAUCCGGUACCUGAUGUACACGGACAUAUCCCGGGCUGGCUUCCAGUGGACAGUUCCAACCAGCAGUACUGCUGGCACGCGUCUGUGGUGGACUACGACGCCCGAGCCGCUCUUGUUCUGAGGCCGAACGGCGAGGAUGAAGCUCUGCUGGAAAUCGCCAGUGUUCCCCUGACCGAGCUGAUGGAGCAAACGCUGGAGCUCAUCGGGACCAACGUGAACGGAAACCCGUAUGGUUUGGGCAGAAAGAAGAAUCCGCUCCACGUUCUGGUGCCGCAUGGAAUCCUGCGCAUCCGCAACGCUCCUGCGGUGGAGUACCAUCAGCUUCGCUCGUGGUUUCAGGAGAACGACGAGGGCCGUGUGGAGGGAAUAGUGUGGCACUGUAACGACGGUGCUCUCGUCAAGAUUCAUCGGCACCACUUGGGUCUGAAGUGGCCCGAUGGCGAUGCCUUCUUAAACUCCCGGCCUGUGGUGGUUCACGUGGACCAAUUCCCGGCAGACCCGGAUGCUUCAGCGGACUCAUGGGAGAACCUGUUCGCCGACUCGUGGAAGAACCUGUUCGCCGCUCUGUCCGGCCUCACCGGAUGCCGUUUCAGCUCCAUCAGAGACGUCCAGCUCGAAGCCUGAUCAGUUACACAACAUUCCUCCUCCUCAACUGUUUCACUUCCGCUUUACAAUGAUGCUCAUCUUUACUGACAGGACAAAUCUAAGUAGUGGAAUUCUGUACAGAACCUCUGCUUGCGUAUGCCGUAAAGUAGCACUUGCAGUAAUCAUGGUAGUUUUACUACAUGAUUCUGAUGACGAGCCUGAAAUGGUGGGUUGAGUUGCUCUCGAAUUGUAAGAGGGAGAAUUGGUGUAGAUUUAAUGUAUUUAGCUAAAAGUGACUAUGUAAUAUACUGUAUAUGCGCGACAUGCACGAAUGCGGUUAUAAUAAAUCGUGGAACAGUGAA